GGUUAGAGAAAUGAAUUUGCUUCGUGAAAGCAACAUGCAACUUAGAGAGGAGAACAGGCACAAUUUUGAAGAAUGCCAGAAAUUGCGCAAUGUAGCUCAGAAGGCUCAAAUGGAAUUUGAGACUUUGGAGAAUCUUGUGAGGGAGAAGCAAAUUGAGAUUGAAUCUUGUAAAAAGGAAAUUGAAAUGCAAAGGAUUGAGAAAGAGCAAUUGGAAAAGAGGGUCAGUGAGUUACUUGAGAGGUGGAAGAACAUUGAUGUGGAGGACUAUGAGCGCCUAAAGGAAGAUCUUCGACUGUCGGAGGAUAAAAUGAAAGAGAAGGAUGCUCAGAUAGAAGAAAUCAAGAUCCUUCUUUCCAAGAAGCAGGACACAAUAUCACAGUUGGAGCAAGAAGUUGCAAAUACCAAAAUGGAACUUAGUGAGAAGGAGAGUAGGUUAAAUGAUGCACAACAAGUACAGGCUAGUUUGAAGUCAGACUUGGAGAGGCAGAAGAAAGCCACAGCUCUUUUCAAGAGGAAAUUUGAGCUUCUGUCCAAGGAAAAGGAGGAACUGGGCAAAGAAAAUCAAAUUCUUUCCAGGCAGUUGGAUGACUUGAAACAAGGUAAAAGAUCCCCAGGUGAUGUUGCUGGUGAGCAGAUCAUGAAGGAAAAAGAAGAAAAGGACCAUAGGAUCCCG